ACUCUGUUUGAAAUCGUUCAGCGGAGCUGAGGAGAAUGUUAGCGUUAAAAGAUUCAUGGUUUAUUAUCGAUUAAUUAUCGAAUGCCGAAUUCGGAAAGGAUCAGUUGAGCACAUCGGACUCGCAAUAAUAUAAAAUAAUAACUAUUAAAUAAAUCAAUAAAUCAAUAAAUAAAUACAUAAGUGUAUUAUUUUAAAUAAUUUUUUUAAACAGCAGGACAGCGGGCCAAAUCAGUCAUCAGGCCACCGGGAAUUCUCCGGGUGCUCCCGAUGGCCAGUCUAGGCCUGAUGUGGAGAAAGAAAGAAAUGAACAGUUUGAGCUUUUUCAGUGACAUAGUUAUGCAAAAAAAAUAAUAAAAAUUUUUAUAAAAUACCCAAGGAAAAGUAAGCACAUGUUUUGUGAAUUGUUAAAAAAAAUAUUCUCAACAAAUCCAGUGAAAAUGUUUGCAUGUUUAGUACCAUACGGAUACCUAUGAUGAGAUAGUAAUGCCUAGAACUAAAGCUGAAGGAGUUUGGUGUUAUGUCGAGUUUUGUUACUGUUAAGAGAAUAUCAGAGGGUUGAUUAGGCUAUUUUACAGUAGUGCAUCAGGAAAAUGUCUUGCAGUUCUCAAUCAUUAGGUAGGACUCUGUAGACUUUUGAUUUCUAUAGAAAAAAAAGUAGAGGGAUGUUAUCCAUGGACUUUUCUCUGAAGCAUACAAGAUUUAAGAGAUACAAAUUUAGCCAGUGACUGAACAAUGGGUUGAAAAGUUUGGAAUCUCUCAUUUGGAAACUGCAGUCCUAAUUUAUUUUCCAUUCAUCCAGCCAUCCAUCCAUCUUCUAUACCACUUAUCCUACUGGGUCGCAGGGAACCUGGAGCAUAUCCUGGGGAGCAUAGGGCACAAGGCAGGUGUACACCGUGGACAGGGUGCCAAUCCAUCGCAGGGCACAAUCACAUACACAUUUACGCACCCAUUCAUACACUAUGGACACUUUGGACAUGCCAAUCAGCCUACCAUGCAUGUCUUUGGACAGGGGAGGAAACCGGAGUACCCGGAGGAAACCCCGUAGCAUGGGGAGAACAUGCAAACUCCUCACACACCGGGCCAUGGCGGGAAUCGAAACCCCAAUCCUGGAGGUGUGAGGCGAACCAUUAAGCCACCAUGCGCCCUAAUUUAUAUUUAUUUUUAUUUGUAUUUUUUUAUUAUUAUAAAUAAAACACAUGCAUAAUGUUAAGUGCUAUAGUUGUCCACAUGAUGUCACUAGGCUUCCACUCUACGUUAUUGCAUGCCUUUACUAGGCUCCGCCUUUCUCGAGGCAGGGCAAUCUCUCUGAUGGCCAGACUGCUUUGUUUAGAAUACGCCAUUGUGCUUAGCUGCUGUUUAAACGCGGACAACGUACAUUUUACAGCUACAACUACGGGAAUGGAUUUGUAUAUUUUUCUUGACAUAGCUAUUGUAUCGCAGUAAAAUGGCUGCAUCGGCGGGUCAAAGAUUUCAAUCGUGGAUAUGUUAUUCUCUACUGCUUAAUUUCUGGAGAUCUGUGAAUGGACAGAUUGUGUAUCACAUAUCAGAAGAAGCAACCCCAGGCACACCAGUCGGAAAUUUGGCUAAGGAAUUAAAUCUAAACGUACAGGACCUUGAGAGCCGAGGAUUCCAUAUUGUUACCGAAGCUUAUAGCAGGUAUUUUGAUCUUAAUCGGAAGACCGGUAUUCUCAGUGUUAAAGAAAUAUUGAAUAGAGAAGAGCUUUGUGAACACAACACGCACUGUUCUAUAGCGCUAGAAGCUGUCGCUAAGUCACCUCUGAAUAUUUAUAGGUUUGAAGUGAACGUUUUAGAUAUUAACGACAAUUCACCAGUAUUUCGACAGACAGAAUGGACGUUAAAUAUUACAGAGUUAGCUUCUCCAGGGGAGAGAUUUGCAUUACCGAGCGCGUAUGAUGCAGACGUGGGAAGUAAUUCGGUAAAGAGCUACAAGCUGAGCCAAAAUGAACACUUUUCUCUGGAUGUACAUAGCGGAGAGCAGAGUGUAUCAGCAGAAUUAGUGCUACAGAAAGCUUUAGACAGAGAGAAACAGCCUGCGAUCCAACUCACACUGACCGCCGUGGAUGGAGGAAAACCUCCCAGAUCUGGAACUAUUCCUGUUAUUAUAAAUGUGGUGGAUGUUAAUGAUAAUGUUCCGGUUUUCAGUAAAUCACUGUAUAAAGCUCGAGUUAACGAGAAUGCCUCACCGGGUACCCCCGUAAUUACUGUGCAUGCCAGUGAUUUGGAUGAAGGCGUUAACGGAGAAAUAACUUAUACGUUUGUAAACCACGACAGCGAUAAAAAUCUUAAUGCAUUCUCAAUAAAUCCGGAAACAGGCGAAAUUGUAGUGACGGGUGAUGUAGAUUAUGAAAAGAAAAAUGCGCUUGAACUUCGGGUACAGGCAAAGGACAAAGGUAAUAAUCCAAGAGCGGCAAUGUGCAAGAUUUUAGUAGAAAUCGUUGAUAUUAACGAUAACGUUCCGGAGAUAUCUGUGACCUCUUUAGUUGACAUUAUUAAGGAGGACACACCGGUUGACACAAUGGUGGGCAUGAUAACUGUUAUCGAUAACGAUGCUGGUAAAAACGGUCAGGUAACACUGAAAAUUCUUGGAUCUGCCCCAUUUAAGAUUCAAAAGUCAUAUAAAAAUUAUUAUACAUUAGUUGUAAAUGGACCUCUCGACAGAGAAAGUGCGUCUAAGUAUAACAUCACUAUUACAGCUACUGAUGAAGGGACUCCACCGCUCUCCAGUACCGAUGUCAUUACUGUACACGUCUCUGAUGUGAAUGAUAAUGCGCCACGCUUUACUGAGCCCACUAUUAAUGUGUAUGUAAAAGAGAACAGUCAGGUUGGAUCUGUUAUUUACACAGUAUCUGCUUUUGACAAUGAUGUUGCAGACAAUGCUAGAAUAUCAUAUUCAUUGCUGGAAGGCUUUAGAAAUGUUCCCGUAUCAUCCAUGGUAAACAUAAACCCUGACAGUGGAGACAUUUACAGUUUGCAGUCAUUUAACUAUGAGGAAAUGAAAACAUUUCAGUUUAAAGUUCAGGCCACAGACUCUGGUGUUCCUCCACUGAGCAGUAACGUGACUGUGAAUGUUUUUAUCCUGGAUGAGAAUGACAACAGCCCUGGGAUUCUCUCUCCGUAUUCUGAUCAUGGAUCUGUUCACCCUGAGAACAUUCCCUAUUCUGCUGAAGCAGGCUACUUUGUGGCCAAGAUCAGGGCUGUAGACUCAGAUUCUGGAUAUAACGCACUGCUUUCUUAUCACAUCUCUGAACCUAAAGGAAACAACCUCUUCCGGAUCGGAACCAGCAGUGGAGAGAUCAGGACUAAGAGGAGAAUGAGUGACAAUGACCUGAAAACUCACCCGCUGGUCAUUUUGGUUUCUGAUAAUGGAGAGCCUUCACUGUCAGCUACUGUGUCUAUUGAUGUUGUGGUUGUUGAGAGCACAGGUGACAUUAAGACUCAAUUUAAACAUGCACCGAUAAAGGAGGACAGUUUCUCGGAUUUAAACAUGUAUUUGCUGAUCGCCAUUGUGUCAGUUUCAGUGAUAUUUUUACUGAGUCUGAUCAGUUUAAUAGCUGUAAAAUGCUGCAGGACAGAUGGCAGUUUCAGCAGAUACAGCGCCCCAGUGAUCACGACACAUCCUGAUGGAAGCUGGUCUUACUCCAAAUCUACCCAGCAGUAUGAUGUGUGUUUUAGUUCUGAUACACUGAAAAGUGAUGUAGUGGUUUUCCCUGCACCAUUUCCACCUGCAGAUGCUGAACUGAUCAGUAUAAAUGAAGGAGACACCUUUAAUCGAACACAAACACUUCCAAAUAAAGAUAAGCCCAAGGUUCCCAAUGCAGACUGGAGAUAUUCAGCUUCUCUCAGAGCAGGAAUGCAAAGCUCAGUCCAUAUGGAGGAGUCAUCUGUGAUGCAGGGGGCUCAGGGCGUUCUGGUCCAGAAUUGGCCUACUGUCUCCAAUGCUCCAGAUAAUGAGGGUGGCGAGGUGUCUCCUCCUGUAGGCGCUGGUGUGGACAGUAACAGUUGGCAUUUUCGGUAUGGUCCAGGCCCUGGCAUGCCCCCUCAGCAUUUGAAGCCAGGCGAGGUCCCACCUGAAGCCUUCAUCAUCCCUGGCUCUCCUGCCAUCAUUUCUAUCAGACAGGGGCAGGAUGGUGAUGAUAAGAGCGACUUCAUCACUUUUGGCAAGAAAGAGGAGGCCAAGAAGAAGAAAAAGAAGAAGAAGGAAAAGGAAAAGAAAGACAAGAAGGAGAAAGGGAAAGAUGAUGAUGACUAGAAAUAAAACUCCUAAGUUUAUAUAUAAGACAGAGAUCUCAACGGGGGUCAUGAUAGAACUGAUUAAUAAGGUUAUGGGUGAGGAAUAUUAGAUCUCUUUUUUUUUGUUUACUUUCCUCAUUUUGAGCUAAAACAAAUAUUUUAUGUUGAGUCAUGAUGUCUGACUUAACAUGAAGUCUUUAAUUAAGAUCUCCGAUAUUUCCAUGUCUCGCGCUAUCAGAAUUGGCCUUACAUAACUCAAUUCACUUUGAUAUUAUUGAGUCGUUUUCCUCCAUGCUCACAGUGCCUGACCACCCAAUUUUCUCAAAUGACAACAGUGAGAGAGAGAUUGCUGUUGACACCUCUGUCUUAUUUAUCAUUUGGGUUCAGUUUUUUGAUCUCAGAAAGGAAGACAAAAUCAGAUUUAAGAAGGUUAAGAGCAGUACACCACGUCUGAUUACCAAGAGACUUGUCAAAAAAUAAAAUUAAAAAAUAAAGAAGGAAAAAAGAUGAACAAGUUUUGAGGAGAAAAGGAUAAGCUUUGAGAGUGGAGAUGAGGUGUGUGCUGGUGUGAGUAUGGUACCAACAGAGAGGUUGUGUGCCAUGUUUAAAGUAAAACUGGUUUCCUAUAAAGAGACAAUGUUAAACUAAUGCUUCUGCUUGCUCUGCUCUAUGUCUGUGUCUACACUAUGGAGACGUAUCUCAAAUCUAUAACGAACAUGUGGACACACUCACCUGACACCCAGCAGCAAAAUAAAAAAGAAAGAUAAAACAGUGGUGAAUGGUAAGAAGCAAGCACAUUAUGUUUACCAGCACUCUC